AUGCGAGAGUGGUGGGUUCAGGUGGGGCUGUUGGCUGUGCCCCUGCUUGCUGCAUACCUGCACAUCCCGCCCCCUCAGCUUUCCCCUGCCCUUCACGCAUGGAAGGCUUCAGGCAAAUUUUUCACCUACAAGGGACUGCGCAUCUUCUACCAAGACUCUGCAGGUGUGGUUGGAAGCCCGGAGAUAGUUGUGCUUUUACACGGCUUUCCAACAUCCAGCUAUGAUUGGUACAAGAUUUGUGAAGGUCUGACCUUGAGGUUUCAUCGAGUGAUUGCCCUUGAUUUCUUAGGCUUUGGCUUCAGUGACAAACCGAGACCACAUCACUACUCCAUAUUUGAGCAAGCCAGCAUCGUGGAAGCGCUUUUGUGGCAUCUGGGGCUCCAGAACCGUAGGAUCAAUCUUUUGUCUCAUGAUUAUGGAGAUAGUGUUGCUCAGGAGCUGCUCUAUAGGGACAAGCAGACUCGAUCUGGGCGGCUUACCAUGAGUCUGUGUCUGUCAAAUGGAGGUGUUUUUCCUGACACUCACCAUCCUCUCCUUCUCCAAAAGCUACUCAAAGAUGGAGGCAUGCUGUCACCCAUCCUCACACGGCUGGUGAACGUCUUUGUAUUCUCUAGAGCUCUCACCCCAGUCUUUGGGCCGUACACUCGGCCCUCUGAGAGCGAACUGUGGGACAUGUGGGCAGCGAUCCACAACAAUGACGGGAACUUAGUCAUCCACAGCCUCUUAUAGUACAUCAAUCUGCGGAAGAAGUUCAGAAGACGCUGGGUGGGAGCUCUUAGCUCUGUAACUAUUUCCAUUCAUUUUAUCUAUAGGCCAUUGGAUCCUGUUAAUCCCUAUCCAGAGUUUUUGGAGCUAUACAGGAAAACGCUGCCGCGGUCCACAGAGUGGAUUCUGGAUGACCACAUUAGCCACUAUCCACAGCUAGAGGAUCCCAUGGGCUUCUUGAAUGCAUAUAUGGGCUUCCCCAACUCCUUCUGA